AUGCCAAAUCUUGACCUCCGCGUCGAGGAUGUCUCUCACCCAGGCUCGAGGCUUUUCCUCGAGAACGUCAGUCCGGCGGACGCGCUGAGGGAUGCAGUGGCGACUGUCAAUAACUGGCUAUAUACCCUACAGGAUGCACCGACAAACGUCCAGAACGUCCUGCUUGUCCUUCGCCCCAUGCCCGGCGUCGCCUAUUCUACGGGCUCGCACACGCACAAAGAGAUCCACCUCUCCGCCGGGCACGUCCAGAAUAAUGCCACCCGCGUGCGAGACGAGAUCCGCGGCGUGCUCACGCACGAGAUGGUCCACUGCUACCAGUACAACGCCAAGGGAACCUGUCCCAGCGGGCUGAUCGAGGGUAUCGCUGAUUGGGUGCGUCUCCAUGCAGGCUUGGCGCCGCCGCAUUGGAAGGAGGGUCGUGGGACAAAGUGGGACGCGGGCUACGAGUCGACAGCGUACUUUCUCGAAUGGAUCGAGCAGCAGUCCGGUAGGGGAACUGUGCGCAACCUCAACCUGGGCAUGAAGGACGUGCCGUACAAGGAGAGCAUAUUCAAAGACCUGACCGGCAGUUCUGUGGACGAGCUCUGGAGGCUGUAUAAACUGGACUUGGAGACGAGAGCGCGAUAG